CGAGCGGCAGCGCCACUAAAUUCAAACGUCAGUUGAUUCAAACUAAUCGUUCGUUUUCUAAAAAAAGUAAUACGCGUUUAUUUUGUUACGAUGACUGAAACAUCUGUGUCUCCAGCUCCGGUUGAGGAGAAGACUGUUGCCAAGGUCGAUUCUCCUAAAAAGGCAGCACCGAAGGCAAGAAAACCAUCUGCCAAACCAACUCAUCCGAGCACUGCUGAUAUGGUAAAAACAGCCAUAAAAACUCUUGGUGAACGUGGGGGAUCAUCUCUUCAGGCUAUCAAGAAGUACAUCGCUGCGACCUACACGGAAAAAACAGAAUAUUAAAAAUUAAUAAAUAAUAGUAAAAAGUGAAAUCUUUUAUCAAUAAUUAGUACUAUUAUGUACUUUUUGCAAAGUAGUU